AUGAAACCAUGCAGAUGUUCAUUUUUUGGCGAGGACAAAGCCAACGUGCAGCUUGGAGCAAAGAAGUUAAAAGAAUAUUGGCAGAGGAAGAGCCCUGGUGUUCCAGUAGGAGCUAACAGGAAAAAGAAAAUCAAUGGCAGUAGCCCUGACACAGCCGCUUCUGGUGGUUACCGCUCACCUGGGGAUGUUCACACAUUGAAGGAGGAGAAGAAGCAUGAGAUAUAUCGGGUACAGAAGCUUGGGAGGAGCUUGUUCAAACUCAAACACCAGAGGGCUGAAUCCUGGGCCCCAGAUCCACCAGCGGGGCCCUCUGAGGUGGAGCAGCUACAAGAUGAGACCAAACACCUAAGGAAGGAGCUGGAGAGCCUGGGAAGACAGCUCCAGGCCGAGGUGGAAAACAAUCAGAUGUUGAAUCUCCUGAAUAGGAGACAGGAGGAGAGGCUGCGUGAGCAGGAGGAGAGGAUACGUGAGCAGGAGGAGAAGCUACAUGAGCAGGAGGAGAGGCUAUCUGGGCAGGAGAAGAGGAUACAUGAGCAGGAGGAGAGGCUAUGGGAGCAGGAGUGGCUGCCAGAGCAGGAGAGGCUGCUGGAGGAGGUGAAGAAGUUGGAACGGGAGAGACGGGAGGAGGAGGAGGAGAAGCUGCUAGAGCAUGAGAGGCUGCUGAACCAGGUAGAGAAGCUGCUGGAAGAGGAGAGGCUGCGGGAGCAGGAUGAGAGGCUGCGGGAGGAGGAGAGGCUGCCAGAGCAGGAGAGGCUGUUGGAGCAGGUGGAGAAGCUAUUGGAACAGGAGAGGUGGCAGGAGGAACAGGAGAGGCUGCUGGACCAGGGGAGGCUGCUGGACCAGGUGGAGGAACUGUUGGAACAGGAGAGGUUGUGGGAGCAGGAUGAGAGACUGCGGGAGCAGGAGAGGCUGCUGGAGCAGGUGGAGAAGCUUUUGGAACGGGAGAGGCGACAGGAGGAGCAGAAGAGGCUGCUGGAGGAGGAGCAACUGCUGGACCAAGUGGAGGAGCUGCUGGAACAGGAGAGGCUGCGGGAGCAGGAUCAGAGGCUGUGGGAGCAGGAGACACUGCGGGAGCUGGAGAGGCUGCGGGAGCUGGAGAGGAUGCUGGAGCUGGGGUGGGAAGCCCUCUAUGAGCAGCAGGCGUAGCCACACAGCAGCUUGAGGAGCUGAACAAUGAGAACAAGAGUGCACUGCAGUGGGAGCAGCAAGUAAAGGAGCUGAAGAAGCUGGGCGAGCUGAAAGAGCUGAAAGGAGCACCUGGAAGCUACGAGCCAGCAGAAGCAGGAGCUAAAGCCCAGUUGAGCCUCAUGGCUCUCCCUGGGGAAGAGGAUAUGGAGGAGGACAUCUGGACAGUGAGGAGGAGGAGGAGGCGCCUCGGCCCAUGCUGAACAUCCCAGGGGACCUGGAGAGCCUGGAGGCCAGGUGGCAUUUUUCAAUGACGUGGGAGCCAGUGCCCAGGAAGAGCAAAGGGUGUGCUGCCAGCCCCUGGCUCACCCAGUGGCUUCAUCCCAGAGGACCCCAGGGACUGGGGAGUGACUUUAUGGAGGACAAAGUGGACCUGAAGGAGCCGGUGGAGUAACUAGAGCUUCGAUUCAUCCACCUCUCAGGACAGACACCAUAAGAAAGUACAUCAGCCAGGGGGCAGUGCCAAAAUGUGGCACUGGGAGAGGAGGUCAUCAGCAGGCUGGCCCAGGACCAGGAGAUGCAAAUCUUCGUGAGGUGAGCCUCACUGACAGCGUGGAGCCUGCACCAGGAGAGGCCAGAGAGGGUUCUCCCCAUGACAACCCCACUGCACAGCAGAUCGUGCAGCUGCU